CUUUUGUAUUAAUCAUCCCCAGUUAUAUAUACGAGGCAUAUUUACUAUUUAGUUCUUCACCAAAAUCUUCCUUCACAGUUUACACGUGCGUUGUUGUCAUCGUCUCCUUUAAAAGUAUUCUCCACCAUGACGAUUGUUGAGAUGAGAGUGCAUAUGGACUGUCCAGGAUGUGAAACCAAAAUCAUGAAAGCUCUCUCCAAAUUAGAUGGUGUGGACACCAUAGACAUAGACAUGUACAUGCAAAAAGUGACGGUGACGGGUUUAGCCCAUCAAGACAAAGUUCUUAAAACAGUUAGAAAAACCGGCCGGCAAGCUGAGCUUUGGCCAUAUCCUUACAACCGGGAGUACCACGAUUAUUGCAGCCAGUACAACUACUAUGGCAGCUCGGCUAAUAACUACAUGAACAGCAAUCCCCAUGGCUUCCCAGCUGAGCCAUGCUCAGAUGGCUACUACACGGCUGAGCCAUCCUCUUGGUACAACUAUUACAAGCAUGGGUACAAUAGGCAUGAACAUGGCUACUACCAACUGCAGCAGGCUGCCACCUAUUUUAGCGACGAUAAUGCCAAUGGCUGUUGGAUUAUGUGAUCAAAAUCAAUUAAAAAUUUUUAAAAAAUUUAAAGAGUCAUACCUUACAUUUUAAUAUAGUGCACUCAUUUGAUAUUUUAA